AUGAAGGCCUUGCUACUUAUCAUGCCUUUUCUUAUUUAUACCAUUACUAUGACUUAUGGCAAACGUGAUGAUGAACAACGACGUGACAAAACGCGUCACUCAGGACGUCGACAGGUGCGCGAAGAUGGUGAUGAUGUCACUUCUGGUCAUUGCGAAUUGGAAAUAACGUGUAAAGGCGACACCACAAGCAGGACACCAGUGCGACUGCCAAUAAGGGGCCCUCGGGGACCGGCGGGACGCCCCGGUGAGAAAGGACCCCCCGGAGAACCUGGGAUACCCGGAACACCAGGAGCACCAGGUAAGUCGGCGGCCCCAAUCAAUCAAGUUGCAUUCUUUGUUGGGCUUGGGGAGAACCUUGGUCCUAUAGACGCGAAUACUGACCUCAUAAUGGACAAAGUUGUCACCAAUGUAGACGAAGCUUACGACCCGAUGACCGGAAAGUUUACUGCCCCUUACUCAGGCACUAAUCAUUUUACAGUGGUAGUUGCUGCACAGGGGCGUCAAAAGGCUGCUGUGAUGCUGAUGGAGAACGGGAAGAUGAUAUUUACGGUGUUGGCGGAGAGCGUGCCUUACUGGGCGACCUCGUCCAACACAGCCCUCCUGACGUUACGCAAGGCCCAACAGGUUGCAAAGCGGGUGUAUAACGUGCCAUUUAAGAUUAAAUCGUACAUUAAGGCGGUUUAG